AUGGAGUAUCUUGGUCAUCUGAUAGAGGAGAAGUGCAGCCAGAAGCUUUGGAACCCAGUGAAAUCUUCACAGGGUGGCUUGUUCUUCUCCCAUGUUAUGUUUGCAGAUGAUGUGGUGUUAUUUGCCAAGGCUGACCAGGGCAAUUGUGUGGCCAUAAGGGAUGCUCUUGAUACAUUUUGUAGUAGAACUGGGCAAACAAUCAGUGAAGCGAAGUCUCGGGUCUUUUUUUCUCCAAAUGUGGACAGAGAUACCAGGCAGGCGCUUUGUGGUGUGUUGGGUUUUGCCUCAAAUCCAAAUUUAGGGAAAUAUCUCAGAAUUCCCAUUAAACAUACAGGUUCCCCGAUGGACGUUAACUUCAUUCUGGAUAGGGUUAAGCAGAAGUUGGCUGGUUGGAAAGCCAACCUAUUAUCUCCGGCUGGUCGUACUGUUCUCAUCCAAGCAUCAUCUUCAACAAUCCCCACCUAUGUCAUGCAAUGUGCUCUUCUCCCCAACAAAAUUCUAGAGGGCAUUGACCGGGUCAAUCGGAAUUUUCUUUGGGGGUCGUCUGAAACUGCUAGGAAAAUCCAUUGGGUGGUUUGGAAUAAGGUGACAAAACCAAAAAAAGUAGGUGGUCUUGGAUUACAAAGUGCAAAAGGUAGAAACAUUGCGUUAUUAACUAAGCUGAAUUGGAGACUCCACACCGAAAAUGAUAGUCUUUGGGCUCGUGUGAUUAAAGCGAAAUAUUGCUCCACUCGAAGAAUUAAUUCCAGGAAUCCGAGCAGCCUCCCUUGUUCUCAAACUUGGAAAGGUAUUAAAAAGGCACAGAUUUAUUCCGGCAAGGAGCUAGAUGGGUGA